UUCCCCAGGGCACAAUUAAAACCCCUAUAAAAGGCUAGACUCCCAGUUAGCUAGCACACUUGACAGCAGUGUCAGCGAGCACUUGGCUUCUUCCUCUGGUGAAGUGGGUUUACUUAAAUUUGAAAGAAAGAAAAAAUGUCUCCACUUCUAAGAAGCGUUAUUGAUAUCGCUGAAAUUUUCGAUCAUUAUGCCACACAUAGUUGUGAUGGAGCAUCGUUAAGCAAGAAAGACCUGAAGAACCUCCUUGAAAGGGAACUUGGAACUGUUCUUCAGAGACCACAUGACCCUGAGACGGUAGACCUGACCCUAGCACUUCUGGAUCGCGACUCCAACGGGCGUGUUGACUUCAACGAAUUCCUCCUGUUCCUUUUCAAGAUUGCUCAAGCUUGCUAUUAUGCUCUCGACCAGGCCUCGGGGCUAGAUGAGAAGAGGAACGUGUCACAAGAUCGUAGGCAAGAAGACCAAAGGAGAUUCGAGCCCCGGGAGGUACAACGGGACGAAGAACUAGGGCGCCGAACCAGGCAGAAGAGACAUGAGCAAGAUGAGCGCACUGUGGAGCAGAGGAAGAGGCAAGAGAGACUGGAGCAGGAAGUGCAAAGACGAGAACUGCAAGAACUGGAGGAGCGCCUUGCAGAGAAAGAGCCACUAAGCAGGAGCCAGGGUCCUGAUGCUGAGGAAUUUUCUGAGGAAGAGAACUUGCGAGAGAGGCAAGAACUCAAGAGCAAGGACCGGACCGAAGAGAGACAGCUGCAGAAGAGCAGAAGAGAAGAGCUGCGCGACCCCCAGCUGAGGCGCGACCCCCAGCUGAGGCGCGAGCAGGAGCUGGUGGCUGAGGAGGAUGAGCAGACUCGUCUCCAGGAGCCUGAUGACAGCUUUACCCAGAGCUGGCAGCGGCAGCUCGAAAGGGAGGCAGAAGCCCGUCAGAACAAAGUCUACUCCAGGCCUCGCAGACAGGAGCAGGAAGAGCGCCAGCUGCGGGAGCAGGGGCAGCGCCGCGACCUCCGACCGCAGCGUCCUGCUGAGGAGGAGCGCCUGGAGCAAGAGCAGCGGUUCCGCGAGCCGGAGCAGCAGCGCCGGGACGCCAGUAGGAGCCGGCAACUGCAAGAAGAAAGGCAGAGCCAGCAGAGGGAGGAGGAGCUACGUGAGGAGAGGCUGCUGCAAGAAGAGGCGCGGCGGCGCCAGCAGCGGGAGAGGAAAUACCUCCAGGAGGAAGAGCGGCUGCAGCAGGAGGAGGAGCGGCUGCAACGGCAGGAAGAGCAGCUGCAGAGGGAGAAGAGGCGCCUGCAGCAGGAAAGGAGGUAUCAAGAGGAGGACCUGCAGCAGGAGGAAGCGCGGCUCCAGCAGGAGGAAGAGCGGCUGCAGCAGGAGGAAGAGCGGCUGCAGCAGGAAAGAAGGCGCCUGCAGCGGGCGAGGCAGUAUCAAGAGGAGGACCUGCAGCGGGACGUAGAUCAGCGUAGGGAUCUGAAAUGGCAGUGGCAACCAGAGAAAGAAAAUGAAGCUCGCCGUCACAGGCUCUUCUCCAAACGCAGGGAGGAUGAAGAAAAGACCCGGCAGCUGGAAGAUUCCCUGGAGCAAGAGAGACGGUUCCGUCAGGAUCGGCGGCCUCUGCCAGAAGAAGCGGAAGAGAGGAGGGAGCUGGAGCAGGAGAGGAGGCGCCAACUGCAGCGCGACCAGCAGUUCCUAGAGGAAGAGCGGCUGCAGCGAGAGCACCAAAGGGAAGCCGCAAGACGGCGUGAGAAGUCCCAGGAGGAAGAGCAGCUCCUGAGAGACUCGAGAAGACGGCCCCUAGAGAGGGAUGCCAAGUUCCUCGAGGAGGAAAAGCAGUUGCGGAAGGAACGGGAAGAAAGGAGGCGGCGACAAGAACAAGAGAGGCAAUUCCAGGAGGAGGAGGAGCUGCGCUACCAAGAACGGGAGAAAGAACUAAGGCAGGAGCGCAGCAGAAAAUCCUGUGAGGAACAAGAGCUCCACCAGCAGCGCGAGGCAGACCAGCGUCGGCAGGAGCUGCGUGAGGAAGAGCAGAGGCGCCAGCAGCGUGACAGGAGAUUCCGCCAGGAGGAAGAGCUUCGUCAGGAGCAGCGUGACAGGAGAUUCCGCCAGGAGGAAGAGCUUCGUCAGGAGCAGCGUGACAGGAGAUUCCGCCAGGAGGAAGAGGAGCAGCGCCGCCAGCAGCGUGACAGGCGAUUCCGCCAGGAGGAAGAGCUUCGUCAGGAGCUGCGCGAGGAAGAGCAGCGCCGCCAGCAGCGUGACAGGCGAUUCCGCCAGGAAGAAGAGCUUCCUCAGGAGCUCCGUGAGGAAGAGCAGAGACGUCAGCAGCGUGACAGGAGAUUCCGCCAGGAGGAAGAGCUUCGUCAGGAGCUCCGUGAGGAAGAGCAGAGACGUCAGCAGCGUGACAGGCGAUUCCGCCAGGAGGAAGAGCUUCGUCAGGAGCUCCGUGAGGAAGAGCAGAGACGUCAGCAGCGUGACAGGAGAUUCCGCCAGGAAGAAGAGCUUCGUCAGGAGCUGCGCGAGGAAGAGCAGAGACGUCAGCAGCGUGACAGGCGAUUCCGCCAGGAAGAAGAGGAGCAGCGCCGCCAGCAGCGCGACAGGAGAUCCCUCCAGGAAGAAGAGCUUCGUCAGGAGCUGCGCGAGGAAGAGCAGAGGCGCCAGCAGCGUGACAGGCGAUUCCGCCAGGAGGAAGAGCUUCGUCAGGAGCAGCGUGACAGGAGAUUCCUCCAAGAGGAAGAGGAGCAGCGCCGCCAGCAGCGCGACAGGAGAUUCCGCCAGGAGGAAGAGCUUCGUCAGGAGCUCCGUGAGGAAGAGCAGCAGAGACGUCAGCAGCGUGACAGGCGAUUCCGCCAGGAAGAAGAGCUUCGUCAGGAGCUGCGCGAGGAAGAGGAGCAGCGCCGCCAGCAGCGUGACAGGCGAUUCCGCCAGGAAGAAGAGCUUCGUCAGGAGCUCCGUGAGGAAGAGCAGAGACGUCAGCAGCGUGACAGGCGAUUCCGCCAGGAAGAAGAGGAGCAGCGCCGCCAGCAGCGCGACAGGAGAUCCCUCCAGGAAGAAGAGCUUCGUCAGGAGCUGCGCGAGGAAGAGCAGAGGCGUCAGCAGCGUGACAGGCGAUCCCGCGAGGAAGGAGAGCUUCGUCACGAACUGGAGGAAGAGCAGCUUCAGGACAGAAAGUUCCUCCGGGAUCAAGAGCUCAGGCGCGACAGAAAGUUCCGUGAAGCAGAGCGCCUCCAGGAGCUUGAGGAAGAGCAGCUGCGAGAUCGAAAAUUGAGAGCAGAGGAGCAGCUUCGCAGGGAGCGCGAGGAAGAGCGGAGGCGAGGUCAGGAAUGUGACAGAAAAUUCCGCAGGGAACAAGAAUUCCGCCAGGAAGUGGAGGAAGAGCAGCCCAGGGAUAGAAAGUUACGUCGGGAACAAGAGCUCAGGCGGGACAGAAAAUUCCACGAUGAAGAGCGCCUCCAAGAACUAGAGGAAGAGCAGCUGAGACACCAGGAACGUGACAGAAAAUUCAGAGAAGCAGAGCGCCGCCAGCAACGUGACAGAAAAUUCCAUGAGGAAGAAGAGCGACUCCAGGAACUGGAGGGAAAGCAGCUGAGAGAUCGAAAGUUGAGGGUGGAGGAGCAGCUUCGCAGGGAGCGCGAGGAAGAGCGUAGGCGCGAACAGGAAUGUGACAGAAAAUUCCGCAGUGAACAAGAAUUCCGCCAAGAAAUGGAGGAAGAGCAGCCCAGGGAUAGGAAGUUCCGCCGUGAACAAGAGCUCAGGCGUGACAGAAAAUUCCGUGAAGAAGAGCGCCUCCAGGAACUGGAGGAGGAGGAACUGAGACGCCAGGAACGUGGCAGGAAAUUUCUUGAGGAAGAAGAGCGCCGUCAGGAGCGUGACCGAAGAUUCCGCAGAGAACCAGAGCUCCAGAAAGAACGCGAGGAGCAGCAGCGGCGCCGCCAGGAACUCGAGGAAGAACAGCUUCGCUUUGAGGAACAGCAGCGUCGACACCAGGAACUGGAGCAACAGCUUCGCCAAGAACGUGACAGGAAAUUCCGGGAGGAGAAGCAGCUGCGCCAAGAACGUGAGGAACUGCAGUUGCGGAGGCAGAAACGAGAUGGUCAGUACCUAGCUGAGGAGCAGUUUGCCAGGGAUAAGAUUCGUCGUCAGGAACAAGAACAACGUCAAGAAGAGGAGCAAAGACGUCGCCAAGACCUGGAGAGAAAAUUUCAAGAAGAGCAGAUCCAUAGGCAGGCGGAGCAGAGGCGCCGCCAAAUCCUGGAGACUGGCACACGCCAGUUUGCCAAUGUCCCAGUGCGUUCCAGCCCUCUCUAUGAAUACAUCCAAGAGCAGAGGUCUCAGUACCGCCCUUAAAGGAUGCUGCGGAAGUCCUGGCACCAGCCAAUUUAUUUUUUCUUUUUCAAGCAAAGGAAGAUGAGAAACGCUGGGCAUCAAAUGAUAGCUCACGUGUUUCUGGUUGUGGGAAAACUCUCUGGUCUUAGAAUGUCUUUUUCAGAAUCUUAAACUAUACCUGUUUCAUUUCUUUCUAUUCUUUCAUUCUGCCUCCUGUAGUUCUUUAUUGCAAGAUGUCUUUGUUCUUUAGUGCAAACUUUUAAAAAAAGAAGUCAUUUAAUUUUUUAAAGGAA